AUGGAGAGACCGGUGAUGGAUGGCAUCCUCUAUGUGCAGCACUGCAAGUUUGGAAAGAGGUCCUGGAGAAAGAUGCGAGCCCAGCUCUUUGCUGCCAGCCCCUCUGGUGUGGCCCGUAUGGAGAAGUUCGACGUGCGGGAUGAUGGCACAGUGCUGGAGAAAACCUCCCUGCGGCGAGGCACCCGCCGGGUGAUCCGCCUCUCAGACUGUGUCUCUGUGGGUCCAGCAGGCACAGAGAGCUGCCCCAAAGCCACCGCUGCCUUCUACCUCACCACCACAGAGAAGAGCUACAUGCUGGCAGCCGAGCAGCGGGAUGAGUGGAUUGCCCAGCUCUGUCAGUUGGCCUUCCAGGGUGCAAAGGAAACAGCACAGAGCAGUGCCAGGACUCAGCCCAGCCCCGCUGUCCCCAUGGAGGAAAACUCCCUCUACUCCUCCUGGCAGGACUUGACUGAAUUCCUGGUGCUGGUGGUCCAGACAGAUGCUGCCACCCGCUGCAGCCUGCAUGGGCACUAUCUGCUCUCUGUCCUGCCACAGAGUCUGACACUGAAGGAUCUGCAGUCCCGCCAAUCCCUGCUCACCUGGCCCUACUCCUUCCUUCGCAAAUUUGGCCAGGAUCAGACCAUCUUCUCCUUUGAGGCUGGCCGCCGCAGCGACUCUGGUGAGGGCACCUUCACCUUCAGCACCCCGCGGGCCCCAGAGCUCUGCCGGGCUGUGGCUGCUGCCAUCACCUGCCAGCAACAGGGCAAUGACACCCCCGACCCCCGGCUCUUCUGUGCCCCGGACCUCCAUCUCUCCACACAGAGCCUGGAGCCCCAGGGCUGGGGCUCUGGGGCAGAUGAGACCCAGCCCAGCUCUCCCCUGGGGGGUGCACAGCCUGCCUCCCACCCCCCUGCCAGCCUCCUCCACUUCACGCCACCCGAGCCCGUGGGCACAAGCUCCAUCGUCUAUGCCUCCAUCGCUCGGGGUGACCAGCCCCCCUUUGGGCCGGGGCAACCGGGCCCCAGUGAGCACUGGGCUACAACGAAGCUGCCCCCUGAGCAUCUCUACGAGAACAUCUUCACUGUGGAGCUGGGUCCUGCCGGGACAGAGGAAGAAGAGGAGGAAGGGCAGGGGGGGCUGGGAUGCCAGCAUGUCCCCGAGGGCCACAGCAGUGAGGAGGGCCCCCUCUAUGACAACCGAGCUGCCCUGGCCCAGCCCCCGCGGAGCAGCCCCCAGCCCCCGGAGCAGCGCUGGGGCCAUGGGGGGCAGGAGGCACCGCCGGGACGCCUCGGGCAUAAGCCCCAGAACAACCUCCGUGCCAAGCUGGUGCGGCUGCUCAGCCGGGAGACCCACGGCCCGCGGGACUGGGUCUGA